CCUCUCCAACCGCUCUCGCAAACUUUUUUGCUUCGUUUCGCACUAGGAUAAAUCGCAGCGGAUGCUACGAGACAGCAAAGUUCAGUCUAAUGCUGUGGGACCGUCACGCGACCUUUGAGAGUGACGCAGCGACGCCCGGAAUGUGUAAUCACGUCACACGUUCACAGCACUUGAUUAGCUGGAAUGGCUCGUAGCUUUCCGCCGCGGUCCAUAGUAAGGGUGAAACGAAGCACGUGAAGCGAGAGCAAAACACCUUGCUCAGGGGCUGCAGCUGGACGCACUUUCACUUUUCAAGCUUGGAUCGCCACACGCGUUGCGGCGAAGAGGGAAUUGUCUUUCGUUUGUGUCUCCAAAAAGAGCCGAUCAGGCAGCCCACCCAGCUUGACCAUGGAAAGAAUUUCCCCCGACUUGGAGAUGAUUGCCAAGCGAGAGCUCGGUGAAACACCACAAGUGAAAGAAGAAGCCGUGGCUCAACUGCGGGCGCUUCUUUCCGAGGAUCCGGUAUUGCAUUGCCCCUUGGACGAAGAUUUCCUGGUGAAGUUCCUGCGUAGCCGGAAGUUCCACGUGAGGGAAACCCUGGAUAUAAUUCGGAGGUAUUUCCGGGUCCGCCAGGAAUACACCGACCUUUUCGACGAUCUGCUGCCGUCACGCAUCUUGUACGAUGCGACACUGCACCAAAACAAGCUAUUGACUGUUCCCAAGGAGCGUGAUUCUUUGGGAAGGCUGAUUGUCAUUGUCAAGCUGGGUGCCUGGAAUCCGGCUGUCUGUUCACUGAACGAGCUCUUCAGAUUGGUGCUUGUUGGGACAGAAUGCAAUCUUAUGGUUCCGACGAACCAAAUCACAGGCGUCGUAGGAGUUGUUGAUCUGGAUGGACUUCACAUCUCUCACUUUCUUUACUUCACGCCAUCGGAAAUCAGGAGGGCAGUCAAGAUAAUGCAGGACUCCUACCCAUUGCGGGUCAAAGGCGUCUACGUCAUAAACAAUCCUCCAGUUUUUCAGCUGAUCUACGCUUGUGUGAGGGUGUUGCUUAAGCAGAAGCAUCGGGAAAGAUUGCACGUCAUUGGACGCGACUACGAGAGACUUCAUCAAUUCGUUCCUCGUGAAGGUCUACCCACAGAAUACGGUGGCCUCCUGGAAAGCUACGACUACGGCGAAUUGGAAGCAACAUAUCGAAGCAAAGAAGACAUUUUUGUGGACCUCGGUAGAUACGGCUACCAGGAGCGACAGGAGUUCAAGGAAUCGGUUGAAUCUGAACAAACCGAUCGUCGGAGUGCUGUGAAGUGAAAAUGCCAGAGGGCGCUUAACGUUUGCAGAAAAGAGAACCGUGUUCAUUCGGAAAAUAAAAAUGUACUUAAAGUUUUUCGCACAG